UCAAUCACAGAAUUGACGUCACACAUUUCCCUUGCUAGCAGCGGAGCUGAAAAAAAUAGUCCUAGCUUUAAGCCUUAGUUGCUUGAUUUAAACGACCAACAUGGAAAUUGGGACAGAGAUCAGCAAGAAAAUAAGAGCUGCUAUCAAGGGGAAGCUUCAAGAACUUGGUGCAUAUAUUGAUGAAGAGCUCCCUGACUAUAUUAUGGUGAUGGUGGCGAACAAGAAAACCUCUCAACAGAUGGCCGACGAUCUCUCCCUUUUCCUCGGAAAUAAUACCAUCAAGUUCACAACCUGGCUUCAAGGAGUUCUGGAGAAGUUACGAACUGUUGCAGUAGAGCCCACAUCCCUCAAACAUCAGGUCCAGUCUGACAGCAGUACUGUGGCUAGAAAGAGCCGAUCGUCUGUAAGUGAAGAUGGCAGUACAGAGGAGCUGAAGGUGUUGACAGUGUCUAGCUCUCACUCUGAUAGGACUGAAACACGUGUGUCAAGUUCGGCCCAUGAAAGCAGCAGCAGGAGGGGAAUGUUGGAGAAGAGUUCUUCUCGACUUUCCUCCACGGUUAAACCCCUCAUAGAGCCACUCCCCUCAGAGGCUGUUAUUGACAUCAAACCAGAGAUGGAUGAUGACUUCAUCGCUGAGGACCCUGUAGAAAUCCGCACCAAUCAUGGGCGAACACGUAAUACAGCUAGUAGACCCACAGCUGAGAUCUACAGACCGGGUCAGAGCAAACCUAUGUCCGUGAGCUCUGCAUAUGUGUGUCGGCCCACUGAGGGAUCCUCUCACAGCAGCAGGCAGCAGGACAGCAGAAGCAGCAGUAAGCAGGAGGAGAUGUCACGGAAGCGUAAAGCACCCGCAAGUUCAGUGGUACGAGUGAACAGAGCAGCAGAUGAUGACAGCGAUGAUUUGGAAGAGGAGGAUUUACACAGUGGAGGAAGGGGCUUGUCCAGUAGAGUGUCCCUGCCAUCCAAACCAGAACGCAAACCUACUCUCCCACCAGCCAAGCAAGCCAACAGAAAUCUGAUACUGAAGGCCAUUUCUGAAGCUCAGGACUCGAUCAUUAAAACGACAUCCUACCCCAUAAUACCACAGAAGCAGACUGUUCCUGUGGCGCCUCGCACUCGCGUGACCAGCACUGAGGAGAUGACGGCAGCCAUCCAGCUGGUGCAGGAGCACCUCCACACUCUGGUCCCCAAGGUGCAGGCCUACAACUCUGCAGAGCUACCUCCUUCUAGAACAGAAGGUCCAGUGAGGUCUUUAGCUUCACGCCUCCAGUUGGAUUUAAUCGAGGGCAGAGAUGGAAGAGAGCGACGUGAUUAUGGUGUGGAGGUGGCUGCUGGCAGUGAGGAAAAGGGAUUUGAUACCCGCUCCUUCAUAAUGAGUCGACCACGACUGGAAGAAUCUCAGACCAGAACUCCGCAGCAUCUUCAGGUCAAAGGGGAAGUUUAUUCUGCUGUACCACGCACUGUCCAGGCCAGCAAGGAGACAGGUGACUCUGCCAGCCCAAAGUUUAUAGUGACAUUAGAUGGAGUACCGAGCCCACUGGGGAAUCUUACAGACUGUGACAUGGAGCUGGAUGAUGUGAGGCCUCCCAAAAAGGACUCUGUGACAACCGACCAUGCACACAGAGAGCCCAAAGUCAGCAUCCUUCAGAGGCUACAGGGAGUGGUCAUGCCAUCAGACGAUAAUGUGAUGGAGAUUGAGAUGAUGGAUGAGGACAACGUCCCUUUAAAGAAACAAAAAGUCACAGAGCGUUGCAAGUUCUGGCCGGUCUGUAAAAGUGGAGACGAGUGUUUGUACCAUCAUCCUACAACAAAGUGCAAGACGUUUCCCAACUGCAGAUUUGGGGAUAAAUGUCUUUUCAUCCACCCUAGUUGUAAAUACGAUGCCAGGUGUACAAAACCAGACUGUCCCUUUACUCAUGUCAGCCGCAGAAGCACGGUCGCUCCUCCACCCAAACCAGCGGUGCAGCCAGCUGAAACAGCAAGUGUGUGUCGCUUCUUCCCCGAGUGUAAGAAGAUGGACUGUCCAUUUUAUCAUCCCAAGCCUUGUCGUUUUGCGGCGCUGUGUAAGCGAGUUGGCUGCACCUUCUACCACCCAACCACAUCUGUGCCUCCGAGACACGCCCUGAAGUGGACAAAAACACAGAGCAGCUAAUUAUGCCUGGAGGUCUCGACAGACAUACGAGAUGUCACAGGGAUUUUCUGGAUCUGUGUCAAAUUUUCAUUCUUUAAUUAAUUGUUGUUUUAUUUUAUUUUAUUGUAUUGUAUUGUUUGAACUUGACUGCAAAGAAAGUGUUUUGUAAGAUGAACGGUCAAAUUUUUGCUGAUGAUAAAAAAAAAACAAAAGCCAAACAACAUUAAAAUGAUCCAC